UGUCAUUUGUGGUUACGGGCCACAGAAAACAAACUACAACUACAAAAUACAAAUACACAAUGUGGUAAAUAAAUUACAGUAAUUUCAACUAGCAGCAACUAAGGUUGUAUUAAAUUACCUGUAUCAAGUAUAUAAAUAAAGAUAGGAGUAAAUACAAUAAGACUAACGACCUAGAUAGUGCAUAUUUAUAGAGCUUGCCGUGUGUUUGUCAAUGACUAAGGAACUAAUUGUAUACGUUGUUUGAACAACUAGUCGCGUAGAAUAGGUUUACAGUCAGUUUACAGUACACCAGCAUCAACCGAUAACCGCACCACAAGUCGUAUUAAUUCAGUACCAACAACAAGGAGGAAAUAAACCGUUUAAAAUGUCUGAUAGUGGUGAUAGUGAUAUAUCCUGGGUAUUCUACAAAGACAGACCUGAUUGGAGUGACAUUACACCGGUUCCUGAAGAUGACGGUCCUACGCCUGUUGUUGUUAUCGCCCAUUCGGAAAAAUUUGAAGAUGUGUACGACUACUUUAGAGCUGUGCUGCAAAAAAAUGAAAUAUCUGAGAGGGCCUUGCAUCUGACUAAAGAUGCUGUUGAACUUAAUCCAGCGAAUUAUACGGUGUGGCAAUAUAGGAGAGAUCUACUGAAGGAAUUAGGAACUGACUUGAGAUCUGAACUGGAUUAUGUUGAAUCUGUAAUAAAACAGUCACCAAAGAAUUAUCAGGUAUGGCAUCAUAGGCGAGUAUUAGUAGAAUGGUUGCAAGACUCCUCGUUGGAAUUAGAGCUCACCGGUGAAGCACUUAGUCAAGAUUCAAAAAAUUAUCACGCCUGGCAACACAGACAGUGGGCAAUGAAGACAUUUGGGCUCUUCGACAACGAGAUGGAAUUCGUGGACAAUCUGAUCACGUACGACGUUCGCAACAACUCCGCAUGGAAUCAGCGUUAUUUUGUCAUGAACAACCACCUCGGCUGGUCGGAUCUCAACGUACAGAAGGAGAUCGUUUACACGUUGGAAAAGAUUAAAUUCGUCAAAAACAACGAAAGCGCUUGGAACUACCUGCGAGGCGUUUUAUUGCAUGACAAACGUGGAAUAGGCGGUAAUGCGGUAGUUUUGUCGUGUUGUGAGGAAUUGUACAAAAAUAGGUGUCGCUCCCCUUAUCUGCUAGGAUUCAUAAUCGACAUUUGCGACGAAGCCAUUAAGAAAGGUGAGACAAAUAGUAUUUACUGUGCCGAUCGCGCGAUAGAGUUGUGUCAAGCCUUAGCCACUAAAUACGACAAAAUCAGAUCGAAGUAUUGGAAUUAUUUGAGUGAGAAUUUGAAAAAGAAACGAUAUAUCGAAAAUGGUGCGACAAAUAAUAUUCACGUUUAAUUUUUUAGUAUGGCAAUUUUGUUGUACACAAAUUUACACUAAACAAAUUUGACAAGUCUUAAAGUAGUGGAAUCCUUAUCAUUGUGUGUGUUAUUUGUGGAAAAGAUAGCACCGUUAUAUCGUAAAAUUUGAGAUUUGUUUACAACAAAAUUGGCACAAGUGUACUUUUUAGAAACAUCCGGUUCUCUUUAGAGGUUUUACUCCAGUUAUAAUCUAGUGUGACCUUUUAAAUUUUUAUCAAAUGGAAAUGUUAAAUCCACAAAUUCAUCACCGUAAAUUCCGAAGCCUUUAUAUAUAUUUGUCGCUUAAUUAUACAAUGGGAAAAUAAAUAUACUAUAAGUAUCAUA